AUGGAUGAUCAGCCAAUGUUGAAUGCCACCAAAACAGCACAACAAAAGCCCAAAGACCGAAAUUUCAUCCACGCACACUCGGAUAGUUCUUCGGUGGAAUGCACUUCAUUACCGAACGAUCCGAAAUCUCCAGUGUAUCCGACAAAGAAGGUCUGUGUUGUCUGCAAGAAGGAGGGACAUAAAGUAACAGAGUGCUUCCUGUUCAAGGCGAUGAACAUCGAUGGUCGUCUCAAAGUUGUCAGUCAGCAUGCACUCUGUAGGACUUGCUUGAACCAACACGGCAAAUGGCCAUGUAAGACAUGGAAAGGAUGUGACAUAGAAGGCUGCCGUCUUCGUCAUCAUACGUUAUUACAUACUUGUGAACCAGCGGUACCGCUAGCAGUGUUCACUAGCCAUUCGAAACUACUGAGUGAGAGUGGCCCGAUUUUCCGGAUUUUGCCUGUAACACUGUACGCGAAGGAGAAACGAGUUCAAGUGUUCGCAUUUGUGGAUGAAGGAUCGCAAAUUUCUCUUCUGGACGUUGCAGUAGCCGAUGAGCUGGGAGUCACUGGCCCGUCAAGUACGUUGAAUCUCCAGUGGACCGGAAACGUAAAGCGGGAAGAGGUAAACUCCCGUGUCAUCGAAAUGAAUAUCUCCGGUGAGACGUCCACCAAGCGCUACAGGAUGAUGGAUGCACGAACAGUCGAAAGUCUCCAGUUGCCAACACAAUCACUAAGUUACCAGAACUUGGCGGAAAAGUAUCCGCACCUUCGAGGAUUGCCGAUUGCCGACUAUGAAAACGUCACACCGAAACUCCUUAUUGGUCUUGACAACCUGAAACUCACGAUUCCACUGAAAAUUCGGGAAGGACGUUGGGGGCAACCAAUGGCAGCCAAGUGCCGUUUAGGCUGGAGCAUCUACGGUUGCUCACGUUCAGUCACGGAAUCAUUCACCUGUGGGUUUCACGUUGGAGGAUGGACCAAUUCGGAGGGUGAGUUGAACCAACUGGUCCGAGAUUACAUAACGCUGGACAACUCUGGUGUUCAACCACCGCUCACUCCUCUAGAGUCGGAGGAGAAUAAACGGGCACAACAGCUGCUUCAAACUACCACACGUAGGGUUGGAAACCGAUUCGAGACCGGUUUGUUAUGGAAAUGGGACUAUAUCCAGCUACCGGACAGUUAUGGGAUGGCGUUACGUCGGCUACACUCCCUAGAGAAGCGUCUGGAGAAGGAACAACCGCUGUACAAUAGCGUCCGGCAGCAAAUGCGAGAGUAUCAGGAGAAAGGCUACGCACACCGUGCUACCGAAGAAGAACUAGCUAUCACAAGUUCAGAGAGGGCCUGGUACCUGCCACUGGGAGUAGUGUUAAACCCAAAGAAGCCGAACAAGGUUCGCAUUAUUUGGGACGCCGCCGCGAAGGUAAACGGAGUAUCGCUCAAUUCGGUUCUCCUUAAAGGACCCGAUUAUCUUGCUUCUCUGGUCGAAGUCUUCUAUCACUUCCGUCUUUAUGCCGUUGCCCUGACGGGAGACAUCAAGGAGAUGUUUCAUCGCCUGUUCAUCAGACAAGAAGAUCGACAAUAUCAACGUUUUUUGUGGCGGGAUCAUGUAUCGUCCAAAGUCGAAGUAUACGUCAUGGACGUUGCCAUAUUCGGUGCGACGUGCUCUCCAAGCUCCGCUCAACACGUUAAGAAUGUUAAUGCGAAGGAAUUUGAGCACGAAUCACCCAGGGCAGUGGCAGCAAUCAUCCGGUAUCACUAUGUCGACGACUAUCUUGACAGUUUCCCAACGGCGGCGGAGGCAAUGAAGGUCGGAAGCGAAGUUCGGAGGAUACACGCUGCCGGUGGGUUCGAGAUCAGGAAUUUUCUUUCCAAUGAUGCAACGGUCGCAGCAAAAGUGGGAGCAUCAUCUGCCGAAACAGAGAAAACAAUCAAGCCCGAGAAGGAAGACAACGUGGAGUCUGUUCUUGGUAUGAAAUGGAUCCGAACUGGAGAUGACCUCACUUACAACUUUGUAGUACGAGGUAAUCUUGGAUAUGCACUGGAUCAAUCCCACAGGCCGUCCAAACGAGAGGUGCUACGUGUUGUUAUGAGUUUGUUUGAUCCACUGGGCUUGAUCAGCUUCUUCAUCAUCCAUGGAAAGACACUCAUGCAAGAUAUUUGGGCAUCCGGAGUAGACUGGGAUGAGCCUAUCGAUGCCGAACUGUGCGAACAAUGGUGGCGUUGGACGGCGCUUCUUCCGGGACUAAACUCUAUUCGUAUUCCCCGCUGCUACUUCGUGGCCGCUGAUUACCAGUCGUACUCCGCACUUCAAAUUCACGUCUUUGUGGAUGCUAGCAAAUCAGCAUAUGCCUGCGUAGUCUACUUUCGAGUGGAGUCUAAGGAUGGACCUGCGGUAGCGCUAGUUGCUGGAAAAGCGAAGGUAGCUCCACUCAAAAUGAUGUCCAUUCCACGAUUGGAGCUUCAAGCUGCUGUGUUGGGAACGCGAUUACUCAACAGUGUUUCUGCAAUGCAUAGUCUUCCCGUUAGUCGCCGUGUUUUGUGGACAGAUUCGCAGACAGUGCUUGCUUGGUUACGGUCCGAUCAUCGAAGAUAUCAGCAGUUCGUCGGCUUUCGUGUGGCAGAGAUUCUAUCCACGACAAACGUGCAAGAAUGGAGGAAAAUCGAUACCGAGCUGAACGUCGCUGAUCUUGCAACGAAAUGGGGUAAAGGACCAAACUUCGAUAGUGAUAACCCGUGGUUCCGUGGGCCUCAAUUUCUGUUGGAACCAGAAAGUUUCUGGCCGAAGCAGCAGACAGUGCCGCCUACUACAAAUGAAGAAAUCCGUCGAGUUGGUGUGCAUGCCGAGCAACCCGUACCGCUGAUAGAAGUUAGAAGAUUUGGCAGCUGGGAAAAGUUACAUCGUACCACGGCAUAUAUUCAUCGUUUCAUCAAUAAUCUCACCCGGAAGAAACAAGGAGAACAUCUGGAACUGGGAGUGUUGAAGCAACAUGAAUUAGCGGAUGGAGAGAUCACGCUAUUCAAACUAGCGCAACGAGAAGUCUACGCCGAAGAAAUAAAACAGCUCAGCGGGAAGGAGAAAUCGUUGCAGUUUCGUGGUUCUGCGGUGUCCAGAUCCAGCAAGAUUUUCAAGUUGUGGCCCUUCCUAGAUCAGUCAGGGGUAUUACGAAUGCAGGGGAGGAUUGGUGCAGCACCACACGUUCCGUAUGCAGCGAAGUUCCCAACGAUUCUACCACCGAAGUCAUAUAUCACGAUUCUUCUCGUGGAUAGGUUCCACCGUCGUUUUCGUCAUGCGAAUAGGGAAACGGUCGUAAACGAAAUGAGACAGGCGUUUCAUAUCCCAAAGAUGCGAGCGUUGCUAGCGAAAGUUGUUCGUGACUGCAUCUUCUGCCGUAUAUAUAAAGCUGUUCCACGGCCGCCUCCAAUGGCGCCGCUGCCGAAAGCUCGACUAACGUCGUUUGUGCGGCCGUUCACAUUCGUCGGCCUGGACUAUUUUGGCCCUGUUUUAGUCAAGGUUGGGCGCAGCAAUGCCAAGCGAUGGAUUGCACUUUUCACGUGCUUGAGCAUUCGGGCAGUUCACAUGGAGGUCGUCCAUAGCAUGUUGACGGAGUCGUGCAUUCAAGCAAUACGUCGCUUCGUUUCCAGGCGAGGUUCACCAGCCGAAUUUUUUACUGAUAAUGGUACCAACUUCCACGGAGCCAACAAUCAGCUUAGAAAGGAGAUCGAGGAACGAAAUCAGAGAUUAGCAGCGGUAUUCACCAACUCCAAUACCCGUUGGUCAUUCAACCCCCCUGGAACACCCCACAUGGGUGGAGUCUGGGAAAGACUGGUUCGAUCUGUUAAGGAUGCUAUAAAACCGACGCUGGACGAGUCCCGGAAGCCAGACGACGAAACGUUAGAAACCGUGAUCAUCGAAGCGGAAGGUAUGAUCAACACACGUCCAUUGACGUACAUUCCGCUGCAGUCGGCAGAUCAGGAGGCGUUAACGCCAAACCAUUUUCUGCUGGGAAGUUCAUCAGGUGUCAAACAACUUCCAGUUCUUCCAACAGACUAUCGAACUACUUUGAGGAAUAGUUGGAAUUUGGCGAAGCACCUGGCUGAUGAGUUUUGGAGACGUUGGAUUACGGAAUACCUUCCGGUGAUUUCGAGACGCUGUAAGUGGUUCGAUAACGUGAGAGAUAUGAAGGAGGGAGAUUUGGUAUUGGUGGUAGAUUCUGCGAUACGAAGCCAAUGGACCAGAGGGAGAGUAGAACGAGUAUUGCUGGGAGCAGAUGGACGGGUUCGACAAGCCUGGAUCCGCACAAGCCGAGGAGUGGAUCGCCGGUCGGUGGCAAACCUAGCUUUGCUCGAUGUCGUAGAGAAUGGUGAACUCCACCAAGAAGAUGGUAGUGAUUCACGGGUGGGGGGGUGUUACGAUGAAACCCUCCCUGCGAUGGAGAUGGCCUAA